GAAAAACCUGUUGGGUUGCUCUUCUGUUUGGGAAACCUUUGACUGGCAAAGAGAGAUGCAGGUAGCAGAGCGGUAGCAGCGCUGUAGCAGAGCGGUUAAGUGUAUAGUACUCAACUUCAGGGCUCGCAAAAAUGAUGCAAAAAAUCUUUAUAGGACUGGUCCUUUUAGCUUUCCUCAGUGUGGCGUGUAUUGUUCUGGUUCUAUAUACCAACGGAGACUACAAUUCAAAUAUUUUUCCAAAGCAACAUCAUAUUGCAAAUGGAAACCACACACGUUCCCAGGAGAUAAAAGAACUUGUUCAAAUGACUGCUAAAGUCCUAAAUGUCACUCACGAAGAGACACAGACGCCACCCACUGAGAGCAAGCCUUUGGGACGCUGCCCUGACAACCCUCCAAAUCUUGUGGGUCCAUUGCUUGUGGAGUUUGAUUCCAAACGGACUUUGGAUGAGGUGAGAGGACUGAUCGGUCAUGCUCUUCGGGAAGGAGGACGGUACAAGCCAGCAGACUGUAUUGCCCAACAGAAGGUGGCGAUCAUCAUCGCAUUCCGCAAUCGGCAUGAGCACCUUAUUCAUUGGCUGUAUUACCUUCAUCCUAUAUUGAUACGACAGCAGUUGGACUACACGGUGUAUGUCAUCAACCAGGAUGGAGAAGGCGUGUUCAACCGGGCUAAACUGAUGAAUACAGGCUUCGCGGAAGCAACGAAAGAAUAUGAUUACGACUGCUUUGUCUUCUCUGACGUAGAUUUGGUUCCGAUUGAUGACCGUAACCUCUAUAGAUGUUUUGACAAUCCUCGACACUUGUCUGUGGCUAUGGACAAAUUUAGGUUCAACUUACCCUACAACAGUUACUUUGGUGGAGUGGCUUCGUUGUCUAAGAGCCAAUUCUUGAAGAUUAACGGCUUCUCGAACACGUUCUGGGGCUGGGGUGGGGAGGACGACGAUAUCUAUAGACGAAUUAUCUACUGUGGCAUGUCCAUUUCUCGACCUCACACGGUGAUGGGAAGGUACAGGAUGGUCAAACAUAGCAGAGACUUGCACAAUGAGGCUAAUCCAAAGAAUCCUGAUAAACUCAGCCAAACCCGACAUACCAUGGAUAAAGAUGGAAUUAAUUCUCUCAAAUACACAGUCAAGGAGAUUAAGAAGGAUAUACUGUACACUUAUAUCAAUGUGGAUAUUGAGGCUCCGCUCCGCUGAAGAAUGGUAAAUGAAUGAGGAUAGAACCUGUGGCUCUUGGACUGCUGUUGACCAUUGAUUCAUUGGUGUUUCAGUCUCAAACAAAAGGUGAACUAGAGAUUGCAUAUUCUUAAAACCUCUCGAGCAGCUGUUUGUCUUGGUGUAGGGUUGUAUGCAAACCUGUGUGUUCCUGUGUGUGUGUGUGUCUAAGUGAACUACCGUGUACAUAAUAAAGUAGAGAGAUUCUUUCCAGUUUGUUUCUCAGGUGCUUGGGCACAAUCCUUACAUAACACACACAUAAUUCAAAUGUAGAAGCACAUGUUUCUUUAAAGGUAUACUGUGAAGCAUGGAGCUACUCUUAGUGAUGGAUUCAGAGACAACAGUCAACAGUUUGCUCAAGAAGAAGGAA